UGUGCGUGACGUCACGAUACGAGGAAGUGCGCUGCUGCAGGAGCGUUUGCAGAUUUUCCUCACAGUUUCCCCGCAGCUGUAAAUAUGACGGACCCCAGCAAACACGACAUCACUGCCAUCCUCAAGCGCCUGCGCUCCGUGCCCGCUAACAAGGUGUGUUUUGACUGCUCUGUGAAGAACCCCAGCUGGGCAAGCAUCACAUAUGGUGUUUUUCUCUGCAUUGACUGCUCAGGGACACACCGCUCACUGGGAGUUCACCUGUCCUUCAUCAGGUCCACUGAGCUGGACUCGAACUGGUCCUGGUUCCAGCUGCGCUGUAUGCAAGUGGGCGGCAAUGCCAGCGCGAAUGCCUUCUUCAGUCAGCACGGCUGUACCGCCAGCGCAGCCAACGCCAAAUACAACAGCAGAGCAGCGGUGCUGUACCGAGAGAGAAUCAAGAGUCUGGCUACGCAGGCCACCAGACAGCACGGCACAGAGUUGUGGCUGGACAGUCAGGCUCCUCUGUCACCCACAUCACCCCUCGACAAACACGAAGACUUCUUCGCCCAGCACACCCUGACUCCCUUUAAUGAAGGAAUCAGUGUUCAGCUGAACACCAGCCAACCACAGAACUCAGUUCAGGAUAAAAAUAAUAACGGUGAGAGUGAGGUGGGUCCCAGUGUGGAGCAGCUCAGUGUGUCUCCAACAUCUGCUGCAGAACUGUCCUCUCUGCUCAAGAAGAAACCAACCACAGGAAAGAAAUCGAUGGGCAGCAGGAAGGCCGGUCUGGGUGCUCAGAAGGUGAGCAGUCAAAGCUUCAGCGCGCAGCAGAAACGAGCUCAGGCCGUGGACAGACUGCAGGAGGAGAUGAGCUCACAGAAGAGCAGCGCUGAGCCAGAAGUGUCGUCUCUGAGCCGUGCGUAUGAGAGUUUGGAGGUGCAGAGGAGGAGGGACGAACAGAAGCUGAGCCGUCUGGACAGCAAGAAGAAGGAGCAGGCGGAGCGGCUCGGUAUGGGCUUCGGCGGACGCAGCGGUCUGUCUCACUCAGUGAUGGAGGACAUGCAGAUCAUCCAGCAGGAGUCUCCAUCUCUGAGCUCCUCCAGCAGAAGAGUGUAUGAGGAGGAUGAGGAGCAGGAGGACAGGCGCUUCUCCUCCAGGCUCCUGGACGAGGCUGCUGGAUCAUCGGAUCGGUUCUUCUCUCAGUGGGCGGGAGCGACAAAGCAGUCUGACGUCUACAUGGACCCGGAAGAGAGGGCCUCAGCGAGGAGGAAUGAGCCGCAGUCCGUCUCUGACGAUGCUCAGAAGAAGUUUGGCGACGCCAAAGCCAUUUCAUCAGACAUGUUCUUCGGGAAGCAGGACAACGCAGAGUAUGAGGUUCGUGCACGGCUGGAGAAUUUCUCAGGCAGUUCAGCGAUCAGCUCAGCUGAUUUGUUUGAUGAGCAGAAGAAAACAGCAGCGGUGUCCGGUGGCUCGUACAGCUUGAGUAAGGUUCUGCCCGCCGUGCCCGACAUGACGGGGUUCAAGAGCGGCGUUCGCUCCGUGGCCGGAAGGCUGUCGGUCAUGGCCAGCGGAGUCGUGUCCACCAUACAGGAUCGCUACAGCACAUGAGCCUGCGUUCAUUCGUCCUGAGGAAUCUGCUUCAGACUCCAUCGCUUGGCCCUUCGGGUCAGCUCUGUCCAUUUUCUGCCGUAUAUUUAUCAUUUAGCCAGGCAGCAUUUGGUGGGUUUGAUUGGGAUUUUGUUCAUUUAAUGUCGCAGCUUGAGUUUUGACUGAAAUGAGGGGACCAAAAGUCAUCCUUAUUUGAAGUGAAAUGUUUGCACUCAUGGCUCAGAUUGCACUAUAUUUCAGCUGUGUGUCCUACGGUGUCACAGGUCCGUUUGUUUAUAAUCGCGAAGAAAGAGGAUAUCGUCACACACUCAUGAGCGGUGGAUGUGAUGUUCUCAUAAAAAAAGCUUUAUAUGAUGUGUAAUGUAGCAUUGCAUAUGUGAAGAAGAUGAGCGGCUCGUCUGGGGUCGUUUCGCACACUACAAACGUGACAAUCGUUCACCCGAAGCCUUAUUCAUCUCAUUGCCUUAUCUAGGUUUGUUUAUCCCAUCUAUGUUUAUCUUGCUUUGUCAGUUAUGAACUUGUAUAAAACACGAGGGGUUGUUAAACGCAGUGGGUGAUUUAUGUGGUAAAUUGGUUUAAUUCAUAAAUAAUAAAAAUCAGACUUGAUAAGUAGCUGAAAUGUGUUUUUGUUCGUUUAUACACUGUGUGCAUAAUUAUUAGGCAUGUUGAUAAUCUGGUCAUAUUUUUUUCCCAAGCACAUUUUACCAAUUCCAAACCACAACAAUCUUAAUAACUACUGUUAAUUUUGUAUUUAAUCAUUUGGAAGUGAUACAUAACUGUCUGUGAAGGCUGGAAGUGAAAAACUCCUUAUAUUCAGGUGUGCAUAAUUAUUAGGCAUGUUUUCUUUUACAGAUAAAAUGAGCCAAAAUGAGAGAUGGACUAAAAUGAACUUCCAAAACUUACUGUCAGAUUUUGGAAGAUAAAUUCUUGAAUCAGAGGUACAAGAGAAUGUGAUGCUUGUCCUUCAAAAGUCACUCUCAACUUAUCCGUCUAUAAAGCCUAUAAAAAAACUGUCUUCAUGUAUUUCACAACACGUCAGCUUGUUAUUCUUUAUUAAGUCAGGGGCAUUUUUUAGGAUUUUUUACCAAGCAAAGUCUCUGAGAACCUGACACAUUGAACUUCUGAAGACUCCAGGUAGGUUGCAGUUCUGGAAAAUGGUGGCGCUGGAGACUAAAUGGUUCCUGAUGGUGUCACAGCUAAUUCUUUACUUUAAUUCCUAGUUCUUUGGCAUCUUUUCUUCUCCACCUGUUUAUUUCUGACCAUGCAGACUCAACAAGCAUUUCGCUGUCCAAUGGUCAAGCCUUAACUCUGCAAAUUCUUGUAAUGCAUUAGUAUUGCAUUCUUCUCAUGGGCAUUUAAUAAUUUGGACUUUUCAGUCUGGGUUAAAUCUCUUUUUUGGCUCAUUUUAUCUGUAAAAGAAAACAUGCCUAAUAAUUCUGCACACCUGAAUAUAAGGAGUUUUUCACUUCCAGCCUUCACGGACAAUUAUAUAUCACAUAUAAAUGAUUAAAUACAAAAUGAACAGUAGUUAUUAAGACUGGUGUGGUUUGGAAUUGGUAAAAUGUGUUUGGAAAAAAAAUAUGACCAGAAUAUCAACAUGCCUAAUAAUUCUGCACACAGUGUAGCCAUGAUCUGUCAUAAUGCAGAAAAACAAAUAAAUAAAAAAAUCAGACUCCUUUAAA